CGAACUCAUCGUCUUCCCAAGCGCGCAGAGAGAGAGAGAAAGAGAGAGAGAAUGGGGCGGGAGGUUUCAGAAAGCUGCAUAGACAGCCUCGUGACCGAAAUGGUGUUUUCUUUUUGCAAUCGCUUCUACGCCGAUAAGUCCGACCUCGCUGCCCGCAGGAUCGAGGCCAUCGGCUAUCAGGUCGGUCAUCAGCUCUCCGAAAGGUACACCAUGGAGCGACCUCGUUUUAGUGACCAUUUGGAAGCAAUCAAGUUCAUAUGCAAGGACUUUUGGUCGGAAGUUUUCAAGAAACAGAUUGACAAUUUGAAGACUAAUCAUAGAGGUACAUUUGUGCUGCAAGAUAAUCGCUUCCGUUGGCUUUCUCGCAUGUCCGUCGAGCCAUCACUUGAAACGGGUCAGGAGGGUGAGAACAAGGCAACAGAAGCAAUGAGCAUGCAUCUCUAUUUUCCUUGUGGAAUCAUAAGAGGGGCUCUUUCAAACUUGGGGAUUCCUUGUGCUGUUUCAGCAGAUAUUUCCAAUCUCCCUGCAUGCUCGUUCGUUAUUCGCAUAAAGGCGUGAUGAGCAGUUCAGGACAGUGAUUGAGACUAAGCUCCCUUCCCUAGCCUUUGCUUUUUGGUGACUUAACAUGGUAAGCGAUUUGUGGAAAUGAAGGCAAGAAUUGAAGGACUUCCUGAACCUGAAGUCAUGUUGGUCCAAGCUGAUUCUUGAGAGACUAGUCACAAAAUGAGAACGUUUGUUGGUUGCAAGUUUCAGGGUAUGUAUGCUGGAUACUCGCUUUCCUGUAGUGUGAUAAGUUUUUUAACCUUCUAUUAGGACUUGACGCAAAUUGUACAUUGUAACUCGUAUUCUGCCAGGCGGAUCUCACACCUUCUGUAUUGCUUUCGAAUUUGAGGAACAAGGGAAAAUCUUGUUUUAUAGUUCU